UUCGUGCGGUUGGCCUGCUCCUUGGUCCUUGGUCCUGCCGGAAAACCAGAGUCCCUGAACAGAAUCGCGAGUGUUUUGCCGCCAAGUGUUGCGUUCGCGUUGCAAGUGGCUUGAAAGAUGAUAAUUAAAAGCCAAGAGUGACUGGGCAAAGUUCUUAACAAGAGCUGUUUACUGCUUUCCCAGCUAUCGAAAAAUUAAGUCCGCUAACGUGUUAUUAUGUUUCAUUAACAACCAAGAAGAUCUGUUAAUUAAUUACCAUAGAAAUCCCUGCAAACCAAGUGAUUAGCUAAAAACACAACACAAGAAAGUAAAGGACACAUUUUCAAAAUGCAAGCAACCUCUUCUCUACGCUGUUUCCACACUUGUGCGAUAAAAGUCGUACUGCUCCUAAUCCUGAUGAGUCAACAUUGCAAUCCUCAGAGAGUGGAGGUGCCAGCCGAAGUAAUCGUUGAUCCCAAAUUCAGUUCUCCAAUCGUGAACAUGACAGCGCCCGUGGGACGUGACGCCUUCCUCACGUGCGUCGUCCAGGAUCUGGGUCCUUACAAGGUGGCGUGGCUACGGGUCGACACUCAGACAAUAUUGACCAUCCAAAACCACGUAAUAACGAAAAACCAACGCAUCGGCAUCGCCAAUUCUGAGCACAAGACCUGGACAAUGCGCAUUAAGGACAUUAAAGAGUCGGACAAGGGCUGGUACAUGUGCCAAAUCAACACAGAUCCGAUGAAAAGCCAAAUGGGCUACCUCGAUGUUGUGGUACCGCCGGAUAUCCUAGAUUAUCCUACGAGCACGGACAUGGUCGUUCGCGAGGGCAGUAACGUGACGCUCAAAUGCGCCGCUACCGGUUCGCCAGAGCCGACAAUUACAUGGCGACGUGAAAGUGGAGUGCCCAUCGAGCUGGCCAGCGGAGAGGAGGUUCUCAGCAUCGAAGGCACUGACUUAAUAAUACCGAAUGUUAGACGUCACCAUAUGGGUGCCUACCUGUGUAUAGCUUCCAACGGAGUUCCGCCCUCGGUGAGCAAACGGAUAACACUAGUUGUGCACUUCCCUCCAAUGAUCACCGUUCAAAACCAACUGAUUGGAGCUGUGGAGGGAAAAGGAGUAACCCUUGAGUGCGAAUCGGAGGCCUAUCCCAAGUCGAUCAAUUACUGGACCAGGGAACGCGGGGAGAUCGUACCACCGGGCGGCAAAUACUCGGCGAAUGUCACGGAAAUCGGAGGCUAUCGCAACUCGAUGCGGCUCCACAUAAAUCCCCUUACACAGGCCGAAUUCGGGGCCUACCGCUGUGUGGCAAAGAAUUCCCUGGGCGACACGGAUGGCACAAUCAAGCUGUACAGAAUCCCGCCGAACGCAGUCAACUACGUGGAGAACUUCGAGGCGCGCCACAAAGGCAAGAAGCGGACGAAAGGCUCGGAGUCGCACCAUCCUUCGAGGGCCCAGGAGCACAGCGGCGAGGACCUGGAAAAUCCGGGAAAAAGAAAAGCCGAUUUGAGUCUGAGUGCGGAGAGCAUCGACAGCAUGUACGGAUCCUCGGCAUCAGGGAUGCGGCGGCAGGACCUCGGCGGACUGCUCCUGCCAGUGGCAGUGGCAAUGCUCCUGCUCCUGACGACGGCGAUGGCGAUGGCGGGGGAGCUGCGGGGGAGCCAGAUGACACUGCCGCCGCAAAGAGUGACGCGUGUUUGACACAGACGCCGAGUUGACAUCGACAUGGAGUCGCCGCUGGAUCGCAACUUGCACCCCGAGAUGGAGAUGGAGAUGCAGAUGGAGAUGGAGCCAGAGCCGGAGCAACCAGUCCAGACUGCAGUGGCCGGGCAAUGAUGGCUGAGUUUGUCAAUGCCAAACGCUACUGGGCGGUGAAGAUUUAUGGCGCGCUGCGGCUGCUCUCGGCCAAAGUUUGUCAACGCGAAUUACAUAUAUCAAAUCCUUGGUGCGGCGCGAUUUCCGCAUCUGUAGCCAGUAAGUAAACUAGGCUUCCUAACUCCCGAUGGCGCGGUGGCUCAGCCGUUGGCUUCUUGACUAGAGUUGGGGCUGGAGCUCAGCCCAGUUGCAACCUUUGUAAGAUAUCGCAGAUUGCAAGCCACAUCGGCACGUGUACAUAGACGCAUGGCAAGGUUUUCGUAUAACUCUAGACUGGAGUUGGCAAGGGGCUAUGUAUUAUAUCACUUGUAUAAACCAAAUAUUUAUUUAAGCGUCCCACUGGACACCAGUUAUUUUGGGGUAAAAAACUCCAGUAGGGCGAAUGGAGUGAAAUAGUCAUCCACAAAGAGUUAAAGCAACCAGUAUCAUAUCCGGUAUACAUAACUAUAUCGCAAACUGCAAGGAAAAAUAAAUAUCCGCCAAAAGCUUUACGGCUUGAAUGUAAAAACAAAAAUUAUACAUUAAUAGGCUCAGCGGCAGGCUGUGUUUCCCGAUAUUUUUAAUCAACAAAAACUGAUUUUUUUGUUGCUUACCUCGCUU